AUGGAUACAAAGAUGGACGCAAUAGAUGAUAACCACAUGGAGGGAAUGAAGGUAGAGGUAGAAAAUAAGCAAAGGAUGGACAAUGACUUCUCUGCUGGACUAUCGGACGAGACACAUACACACCUGAAAAUCAGUGAAGGGCCUUCCGGCAGUUGCAGGAAAGUCAUGGUCAGACCCAGACCCAGACUCCAGUCAACAAAGAGCUUCCCCCCUUACAACCAGUGUAUAGGUGGACUUGGAGAAGACGGAGAGUGGGACGAUGAGCUCAGUUCAGAAACAAGCAACCCUUACCAGCAGCAUCUCAGACGUGAUGAGAUGAUAAAUGAGGUUGCUCAAGGCACAGAAAGAAAAGAGGAUGCAGAACUGACUCCAAGAGGUGCAAGGGAUGACAUGAGGGCAAAGUGGAGGGUGAGGAGGAGGGAGAGGUUAGGGGGGAGCUAUGAAGGUGACACAGACAGAUGGGACAGAGGAAGGUGGAUUGGGAAAAGAAGAGUAGAAGAGACUGGAGGAGAAGGGGGGCUUGAUGGUCAGGGAAAGAAAGGGGGGACAACACUGGAGAAGUGGAAACACUGGAGAAGUAGAAACUCAAACUUUGAGACAGAGAUAGAACAAGAGGGGAGUGAGGAGAGGAAGAGAUCUCCUGUUUCAGCAGUAGAGGGAGAGAACGAGGGGAGUGGGGAAACCCUCGAGGGGAAGGAUGAAGAGUCUGCGGAGCUGCCGGGAAAGAGAGGGGGCUCCACAACACAACAGUGGUCUUCCCCUCAUCCAAUCCUCUCCAAACUUUUACACUCCUCCUCGUCCACCUCCUCCUGCUCGUCCAUCAACCUCUCCUCGGCAGAGAGCGAUGAGGUCUUCAGCGAAGGAGAGGAUGUUGGCAAAAAGAGGAAGACUCUCAAGAAGUGCCGUUCCUGGAAAACCUACCUGACCAUGAUGCACUGGUCCCUGCGGCGGCAGAGCUCCUGGGUCCAGCUGGCUGGACAUCAAGGUAACUUCCAGCUGAGUGAAGGAGGGGAGGUUCUGAAACUGUACAGUGAAGGGGAGGCAAAGUGCCUAGACUGCCUGAUGAGAGACCCACUGAGACCCUUUGUCCCACAGUACCAUGGCAUGGUCACCAGGGGGGAGCACAGCUACAUCCGCCUGGAGGACCUGCUGAGUGGCCUGAGGAGACCCGUUAUCAUGGACUGCAAGAUGGGAGUCAGGACAUACCAGGAGGAGGAACUGGUCAAAGCUCGGACCAAAGCCACCCUGCGGAGCGAUAUGUACCAGAAGAUGGUGAAAAUAGACCCGUCAGCUCCGUCAGCAGAGGAACAUGCACAGAAAGGUGUGACCAAGUUGCGCUACCUUCAGUGGAGGGAUACGACCAGCUCUACAUCCACACUGGGCUUCAGGAUAGAAGGCAUCAUGAUGGAGGAUGGCAGUGUGCAACGGGACUUCAGAAAAGUUCUGACGUUAGCUCAGGUCACAGAGGCAUUGCUCUACUUCACCAGGAGUCAGCUGGACAUCCUGAAAGCAUACCACUCCCGACUCAUGGCUCUGAGUGAUGCAUUGAUGAAUUCACCAUUUUUCAAAACCCAUGAGGUGAUCGGCAGCUCGCUUCUCUUUGUCCAUGACCAUAGCAGCAAGGCCAAUGUAUGGAUGAUAGACUUUGGAAAGACAACCCCCAUACCUGACAUGAGAAAGCUACAACACAACGUCCCCUGGAACGAGGGAACCAGUGAGGACGGCUACCUCAUCGGCCUGACCUCCCUCAUCACCUCUCUGAGCCAGGCCAUCAAUGUGGUUUCCUGGCAGCAAGAGGACAGUGGUGGAGAAGAAAAGAGAGUCACAUGAAGCAGACUGUGGGCUCUGGUUGAGAUACCACUUAAAGGACAUUCAAAUUCAGGAUCAGGACAAAACGGGUGCUGUUACAUUUUGUUGCCAACUGUUGCCUCACUUCAUUAACUGGAAGAGAAUAGAGGAGGAUAUGUUUGUGGGAAAUCUGUCUUCACAGGCUGAGGAAGAACAAGAGAGUACAAUAUAGCUAAUAUCCAUAGAAAUGUGAUGUGGUACAUCUGGUAUGUACAUACUGUAAGAGUGGAGACAGUGUUGUAGUACCAUACUCAUUGGAAUCAUUGGAAUUGGAAGACAUUUUUCUGAGGU